CUUCCGGUGCCCACGCGCCGCCGCCUCCUCCGCCGCCGCGCAGCUCGCGGCCGUCACUUUGUGUGGCGUGGGGGGUCCCCGGUGGUCACAGUCCCCCCACCCCGAGCCCGUGUCCUGCUCCGGCUCGGCCGGGUCUCGGGCGCGCGCGCGCGGAAAAGCCCAAGAGCUUGCUGACUGCUGGGAGCUCUCUCCUUUCCUCUGAAGAGACUCAGUGAGAUGCCCUUCCAGUCCUGCACCCCUUGAGCCUUGCAGGUGCCUGCCGUCUGGCUGUGCCUGGGCGUGGUUCAUGUGUGCGGAGGGCUGGGCCACGUGGAGGCUCUCUCCCAGGGAUGAUGGCCGCACUUCACACAACUCCAGACUCCCCAGAUACCCAGCUGGAGCAGGCAGAGGAUGGGUCCGAAUGUGAUGCUGACCCCAAGGAGGAGGAAGAGGAGGAGGAGAAGGGUAGAGAGAAGGCAGAGGUAGAAGAGGAGAAAGAGGAGGAAGAGGAAGAGGUCAUAGUGGAAGAGGAGGUGGCCACACAGGUGCAGGAGGUGGUAGAGGUGGAGGUGGAGGCUGACAUGCUAGACACCAUUGAUGGUGAUGAUGAUAAUGUUGACGACGACGAUGAUGAUGUGGAGGAGGUGUUGGCAGAGGAGUCAAGUCUGAGCUUGGAGACCCAGGAGCAGCUUAGCCAUGGUGACACCAAGUCACUAGUUCUUCAGAGAAAGGCCCUACAGGCCUCCCAGGUGUCUGUGGCUACUCAGGAUGAAGAUCUAGAAGAAGAGGAAGAGGAGGAUGAUGAGGAGGAGGAGGAUUUCUUCACAGCUGGGUCUCAGGGGCUGGUAACUUUUGAAGAUGUGGCUGUGUACUUCUCCCUGGAGGAAUGGGAGAGGCUGGAUGCAGACCAGCGAGAUCUCUACCAGGAAGUUAUGCAGGAGAACUAUGGGAUCCUGGUUUCCUUGGGGUACCCAAUCCCCAAGCCGGAUCUGAUCUUCCACCUGGAACAAGGGGAAGAGCCUUGGGUCCCAGACAGCCCCCAUCCUGAGGACGGAGACAUUGUCACCGGUGUCUACACAGGAGCCUGGUUCUGGACCGAUGACAUGGAGGACCACGAGGAAGAAGAGGAUGAGGACUUCCUGGCAGAGAUGGCCGAGGAGGAGAACGAUCCCCCGGGGCUGUGGUCGGCUGCGUAUGGAGUAGGGGACGUGCCUGGGACUUGGGGUCCUGACGACUCAGACUCUGUGCAGACUCUAGAGGGAUGGGGACCGGACCAGGGCACUCUCGGGGUCCUGGCUGAGGAGGCUGAAGUGAAGUCAUUCCUGUCUGGGCGGGAGGAAGGUGAGAACCUUCUAGCGCCCUGGGUGUUCCCCACAAUGGUUGCCCCCAUCGGACGCCCGGAGACCACUUGCGACGUGUGUGGCAAAGUGUUCCCGCACCGCUCGCGGCUGGCCAAACACCAGCGCUACCACGCGGCAGUCAAGCCCUUCGGCUGUGAGGAGUGUGGCAAGGGUUUCGUGUACCGAUCGCACCUGGCCAUCCACCAGCGCACGCACACUGGUGAGAAGCCUUUCCCGUGCCCGGACUGCGGCAAGCGCUUCGUCUACAAGUCACACCUGGUCACACACCGGCGCAUCCACACUGGUGAGAGACCUUACCGCUGCGCCUUUUGCGGCGCGGGCUUCGGCCGCCGCUCCUACCUGGUGACCCAUCAGCGCACGCACACCGGCGAGAGGCCAUACCCUUGCCUGCACUGCGGCCGCAGCUUCAGCCAAAGCUCGGCGCUGGCACGCCACCAGGCCGUGCACACCGCCGACCGGCCCCACUGCUGCCCCGACUGUGGCCAGGCCUUCCGUCUGCGCGCGGACUUCCAGCGCCAUCGCCGCGCCGGCUGCACGGAACGCAACAGUGGCGAUGGCGCACGGGGGGAGCCCCACGAGAUGGCAGACGCAGCUGCUGCCCCGAUGGAGCCCGAGGAAGCGGAGCCCAGGCCGGAGGUGGCUAAAGAGCCUGCGGCUGGAGAAGCAGAUGGAGACGGGGAGGCUGAAGCGAGGGAAGAGCAGGUGGCAUCGGCGGCGGGUACCGAGGCGACUGUCCCCAAGAGCAAGGACUCUGAGUCAGACAGGCUGUUCGGCGAGAUGGGCAAUGGACUGGGAGAAGGGGAAGGUCCUUCCUUGCACCCGCUCGGCUUCCCCUUUCCCAUGCACCCCAAGUCCUGGCUGCAUCCGGAUGGUUUCCCCUUGCUGGGGCUCCCCAAGUUCGCCGAACGGCUGCAGGCCGAUGGGUGUCCCCUGCCGGGCCCCCUGUCCAUGGGCGGCUCGGGGAUGGCCUGUGAUCCAUUCCGCGGCGCGGGCCCGGGCGAUGGCGGUCUUCACGCCUUCGCUCCCGCCGUAGGGGCGCUGCUGGCCGAGCCCGCGCCCGCCGCGUUGGCGGAGGAGGAGAGCCCAUGGAUCUGCUCCGACUGCGGCAAGACAUUUGGGCGGCGCGCUGCGCUGGCCAAGCACCAGCGUUAUCACGCGGGAGAGCGUCCGCACCGCUGCGCCGACUGCGGCAAGAGCUUCGUGUACGGCUCGCACCUGGCGCGGCACCGACGCACGCACACUGGCGAGCGGCCGUUCCCGUGCCCGGAGUGCGGGGCCCGCUUCGCCCGCGGCUCCCACCUGGCGGCUCACGUGCGAGGCCAUACCGGCGAGAAGCCGUUCGUGUGUGGCGUGUGCGGCGCGGGCUUCAGCCGACGCGCGCACCUCACGGCACACGGGCGCGCGCAUACAGGCGAGAGACCCUACGCAUGCGCAGAGUGCGGCCGCCGCUUCGGGCAGAGCGCAGCACUUACUAGACACCAGUGGGCACACGCGGAGGAGAAGCCGCACCGCUGUCCCGACUGCGGCAAGGGCUUCGGCCACAGCUCGGACUUCAAGCGACACCGUCGCACCCAUACCGGCGAGAAGCCGUUCCGCUGCGCCGACUGCGGCCGCGGCUUUGCGCAGCGCUCCAACCUCGCCAAACACCGGCGCGGGCACACGGGCGAGCGACCUUUCCCGUGCCCCGAGUGCGGCAAGCGCUUCUCCCAACGUUCGGUGCUCGUCACGCACCAGCGCACGCACACUGGCGAGCGGCCUUACGCAUGCGCCAACUGCGGAAGGCGCUUCUCCCAGAGCUCGCAUCUGCUCACUCACAUGAAGACGCACCGCGGGCAGACGGGUGCGCCGGCACAGAAUGCUACUUCCGCUUCCUCUUCCGCAUCCAAAGCCCAGGUACCUGAUAAGGUGCCGCAGCCACCGCCCAGCGCGAGUUCCGGCUCUGGGACGCUCCUGGAGUUCGCGGGCGGGACCAGCUUUGGUUCCGAUGCGGCCGGGUUCGCGGGGCCCUCGGGUGCCUACGAGGAGAGCAUCCUGUGAGGCCGGUCGAAGCGGCGCGCGCCGCCCUUGCUCCUCUGGCCUCGGAGGGCUGAGGAUUCCCGGUCCUGGGUGCUUCGCGCCCUUUCUCUCGAGGUCUCGGGUCCUCAGAUUUCGCUCGGGUGCACACGGUGCCCUG